AUGGCUAUGACAAUUAAAACUAAUUUAAACAAUAUAAACAUAUUAAGAAAUGUGGCAGCUGUUAAAACAAGGUGGAAUGCAUCUUAUAAUUCAUGGGUUAGAUUGUUGAAGUUGCGAAAGUCAAUUGAAUGGUUGGCAAAUACUUUACCUUAUGAACCUGGAAAAGAUUCUAAAUCUGAUGCUCGUAGGCUUAAAUAUUUAUUAUUGAAGAAUUAUGAAUGGGAAUUGCUAGAAAAAAUUUUGUCACUUCUUAAACCUUUUGAAGAGGCAACAACUUUUUUUUCUGGUGCUCGAUAUCCCACUUUAUCAUUAAUGUAUCCAAUCAUACAAAAAUUAAAAGUAAAGUUUGCAUGUGGAGAAGAGCAGGAUGGUAAAGAAUUUGAUAUAAGUGUACCAAAUCUUAACAAUGUUGCAUUAAAUUUUCAGCGAAAAAUUUAUAAUUCUUUAUUUGAUUAUUGGGAUAAAACUUCAGAUCUUGGUUUACUGGCAACUAUAUUGGAUCCUCUAAAUGAAAAUUCUUCAAAUUUGUCAGAAACAUCAAGAUAUUCAUCUAAUUUUUUUGAAUCAAUUUUUGAUAAUGAAGAACAUGAUGAGAUAUCUGAAUGUGAGCGUAUUAGUAGAAUUGAAGGUUGGUUUUUUCUAUUAAUAGAAAAUCAAGAACGUGCAUAUAUAGCCGCAAGUCAUCGAGGUGACAGGAGUAUAGAAGCUCGUAUUGAAUCGGCUCGUAAAGCAUCAGAAAUUCAUAAGAAACGUACUGGAAAAGCUCUACGUAUCACGCCAGAAGAUGUUAGAAACGAGGAAAUGUAUCAAGAAGUUGACGAGGAAGAAGAAAGUAAAUUGGAACAAUAUCAUCUUGAGGUGAUCGGCGAACAUACUAGAUCUCAAGGUCAUGUUUCCCAUCUUAGUCCUAGAAACUCCUAG